UUCCCGUAAAUCUGUUUUUAGGCAUAUAUUUGUUUUCACCGAAAGAUUUGCCAAAAAAUGAAGUGCUUCUUCGUUCUGCUCAUUUUAGCGAUAGCUGCCUCGCGAUGCAUCAACGGGUAUCCUAUGUCGGAUGCCAUGGCCAAACAGUACGGAAGUAACGACUUUGAUCAACCACCUGAGACAGCAGGAGGAGAGCGUAGACUAAGGAGAAAACGUUGCGUGAUGAUUUGCGUGAGAAUAAGUCCACAUCUUCUUCAUUGUCACCGCAGAUGCUAACUCUUGCUUAUUUAUGGGACAGUUUUUGGAACCCUUAUAUCUAAGAUAUUAGACAUUGCUUGCUGGGAUGCUUUUAUUAUUGAGUCUUAACUCAUCACUACCUGAUGUGCCAUAAUCAAGUACAACAUAAGAUCGUUCGCUGUACAUAAUUUUAAGCAAUGAGAUUCUUCACCAGUUUGAUUUUGGGUUCAUUUCAGUGGUUA